CAAUCUGAGCUCUUCGAAUUUAUGGCGGGGACUGUGCGCUUUCUGAACCGCUGAUGGAUCUCCAAACCUUCUUAACGCUCCACGUGUCAGCCCAUUUGCGGAUUCAGAGAUUCUGCAUCUUCAGGAUUCGUGCCUGCUUGGCAAGAGCGCAAAUUUCUGCAUGAGCCCCAAACCUGUUGACCUUGAAACCGCCUGCAUGAGAGAAGGUUGCCACCAAAGCAAAAGUUUGGAGCUGCAAAAGCUAUACUGCAUGGUGGAGUCGAGUCUGCGCCCUUGAAAACAGCUGGUUAGAAGGGGCUACAGUGUUGUUUCUGAGCUGAAAGUUUGCAGCUUGCUGGGGACGCAUCUUGCAAGUGAUUCGCCUGAUUGGUCAGAGUGACAACCGGCACGAUGUGACCAAGCGCCCCCGGCGUGGUUGUCCCUAUCGCAACCGCGUUCGCUUUCAAUCAACAUCGCUUUAGCUGGAUUAGUUGUCAGCAGGAGUUCUUGCAACAAACAACAUGCGCUAAAUACCGCAGAAGCUGAGCAACUGACUAUUGGACAGCGAUCAGCAGCUGCGGUAAUAAACCGCUCUAUGAACCUCAUCCAUGUUGUUGUCCUCCUCUAAACGUGCAUUCUGAUGCUCUGAAAUACAGGUGGGAGGGUCAGACGUAGGGACUGGUUACUGCUGGCCCUUGCAUGAAACGUAUAGUGUUCUAAAACUUGAAGAAUAAUCUAGAAUAGUAGCGAACAAAAAAUGGCAGCAACCUCGAGCCAGCAGGCUCCCAGCGUGGACUUCCGGAGCUUUGCGAGCGUUCUCUCAGGGAUCAAGGUGAAGGUUGAGCCGCCGCAGGCUCCAGCCACCAAUGGAGGGACCGAGUUCGAGUUUGAUGAGAUGUUUGCUUCUUCUACGCCAAGAGCAGAAGCAGACGCGGGGGAGGGGCUGCAGAGAGCUGGUUCAUCACUGGGGACGGUGGAAGAAGACACUAAGGCAGAGAAUGGUGAACGGGACUCUUUGGUUGAGGCGUUGGUGGGAGCAGCGGAGGAGGUUACUGUAAACGGGAAGAGGCGCACCCCCUCUUUGAUUUUGAGCAACCGGCCCGGUUCUCCUCCGCACCUCAUCACGAGGCAGCAUAGCCUAAGGGGGCCAUCAGCGGUGCUUGGAGAGCAUACUCCGGGAGCGAACCCCUCCCCACAUGAGGGGCAGACAGCAACUAUCGUCUGGCAGCAGGUAGAGAUGGUCAUCACAAACAAUGAGGCAGAAAUAGCGGAGGCUGGGGCACCCAAAGAAGAAGCGGACGGUAACAGUCUCCCCACUCCUGAAAUCAAGGGAGUGAUCAGUCAACCGGUGGAGAUCAUUGCAAAGCCUCUGUCGACCAUCUACAGCGAUUCUUCGGGCGACGAGGGGGCGUCAACAUCUGGAAGGGAGCAUGUGGGGAACGGCAACCAGAAGCUGGGGCCCUCGGACUUUGAGCUGCUCAGGGUGGUCGGGCAGGGCGCCUUUGGGAAGGUGUUUCAGGUUCAGAAGAAGGACACGGGAGAGAUCCUGGCCAUGAAAGUGAUGCGCAAGGACCGGAUAAUGGAGAAGAAUCAUGCCGACUACAUGAAGGCGGAGCGCAACAUCCUGACCCAGAUUGUGCACCCCUUCAUUGUGACCCUGCAAUACUCCUUCCAGACCCGCUCCAAGCUGUACCUGCUCCUCGACUUCAUCAACGGCGGCCAUCUCUUCUUCCAGCUCUACCGCCAGGGCACCUUCAGCGAGGAGCUCUCGCGCUUCUAUCUGGCCGAGAUUGUGCUCGCAAUUGCGCACCUGCACGAGCGCGAGAUCAUGCAUCGGGACCUCAAGCCGGAGAACAUUUUGUUGGACGCAGAGGGGCAUCUAAAGAUCACGGACUUCGGUCUUGCGAAGGCGGAUGUGACGGGACCUGCGGCAACGAAUAGCAUGUGCGGGACAAUGGAGUAUAUGGCGCCCGAGAUACUGCUGGCAAAGGGGCACGGCAAGGCCGCUGACUGGUGGAGCCUGGGCAUCCUGCUGUUCGAGAUGCUGACGGGGGAGCCCCCGUUCUUCUCCAACAACCGCCAGAAGCUGCAGAACAAGAUCGUCAAGGAUAAGCUCAAGCUGCCCGCGUGGCUCACCAGCGAGGCCAGCACGCUCGUCAAAGGGCUCCUGAACAAGGACCCCGCGCGGCGCCUCGGCAGCGGCCCGACGGGCGCGGCGGAGAUCAAGGGCCACAAGUUCUUCAAGGCGAUCAACUGGCGCAAGCUGGAGGCGCGGCAGGUGGUGCCGCCAUUCCGGCCCGCGGUCGUGGACCAGCGGUGCACGGCCAACUUCGACGAGAUGUACACCAAGCUCCCGGUGCUCGACUCGCCCGGGACAACGCCCAAGGGCGGCCGCCACGACGACUUCUUCGUCGGGUACACAUAUGUCGCCCCGGGCGUCUGGCCCGCUCACCUCACGGGAGAGCAGAACGAGUGAGGAGAUGCUUCUCCAUGCAUGCGACAUACUAGGUUGAUGGCAGUUGGAUGGAGCAAUCCGAGGACAGGGUUUCGAGCGAUCGAAGUCCACGUUAUGGCUUUGUGGCAACGCUUCUUUCGAGCUCAGGAAGCAGGUAAAGCAUUGGCAAACUAGUAUGAACAACUAUAUACGUGCUUUAUAGAGGGGCUGAAUGCAAUAGCCGAGAAGAAGCUAGUUUGAAGGUUUUUGGGGGGGCUGGGGGGCUUGUGCAUGAGGGGAGCUCAAUGUGAGUUGGGAGGGUGAAGACAAGAAGGGUACAAUCUGUUGUACUGGUUGGAGUUGGGAGGCUUGGGGGCGGGCGGGGUUGUCACUAAAGUGUUACAUUCUGUGGGGUUGCGG